AUGGGAUUAGGUGCAUGUCUAUUACAAGAUGGUCAACCUAUUGCUUAUGCCUCACAUGCAUUAACUGAUACAGAGACGAGAUACACACAGAUCGAAAAGGAACUUUUAGCUGUUAUGUAUGCAGCAACAAAGUUUCACCAUUAUAUUUAUGGCAAUGAGGUUAUGGUGGAGAGUGAUCACAAACCCCUAAAGGCAAUUAUAAGGAAACCACUACACCAGGUGUCUCCUAGAAUGCAAAUGAUGUUGUUAAAAUUGAUGAAAUACAAUCUAUGCGUGACAUGUGUACCAGGUUCAAAGUUGUACAUUGCAGACACGCUGUCACGUGCGUAUGUUGAUGACACAUCUAAGGAGAGCAUAGAUUCUCAGUUAGAAGGGGGACAGUACAGGAUUCAUACUGUUACUCAGUAUUUGCCAGCAUCCACGCACAGGAUUCAGGAACUUCGAGAAGCUACUCAGAGUGACCACAGCCUCCAGCUGGUCCAUAACCAUAUUGUGAAUGGUUGGCCUCAGCAUAAGUCUUCCCUAGCACCAGAAAUUCAGGCAUAUUGGAAUUUAAGAGGACAAAUGCAUGUGGAGGAAGGACUGAUAUAUGCUGGAGAGCAACUUAUAAUUCCUGUUGCCAUGAGACAAGAAAUGCUUGUUACACUUCAUGAAGGGCAUGCUGGCAGUGAAAAGUGCAAAGCACCAGCCUCUGAAAUUACGUAUGUAUUGGCCUAA